AUGAAAAAUCUUAGGCAGUAAGAGAAUCCAAUUGAUAUAGUUAAAUUAUGGGAACAAAUAAAAAUGUUAAUACUCUUAAGCGAAAAUUACUAAAGAGAAACUAGAUAACAGAGAUUGAUCCACUAUAAAAACCAAAUAGAUAAAGAGCUCUAUAAAAAUGAAUACUAAAUUUACUUUUAUUUUGUCUAUGUAGCUACAUAUAAACUUAUUGUAAUUGAGAUUAGGUACAUAAAAAAGUAAUAAUAUCUUAUCUUUUUAUCAAAUUUUUUGGUAAUUAUAAGGAUUCCUAAAAUGAAAACACCUGAAAUUGCUAAAGAAAUAAUCAAAAACAUAUGCUAUCCAUCAAUCAAAUAAAUAGUAAAAAAAUAAAAGCAUAAAAGCAUAAUUACUAUUUCAAUGAUGCGAAAGUAAUGA